AUGUCGGAAGAGAUCGGUCAGUACUUUGCUUUCCUUAUUGCAGCUCUCCUGCUACCCCUCGAGGCAGCGCCUGUUGCUUGCUCCUACUACUCGUGCUGUCUUGUUCGUGCUCCUGCUGCAUUUGCGUCACACGCUCCAAAACUGCCCACGCUGCUGCUACCCCGCUACCACCCGAAGCAAGCCACGUAA